CAAGCGCUCGAUUUACCUCGAAGGGAAGGUCGUGCUUCCACAAUUCGUCCACGAUGACAAUUCUUGCAUUCGGCUGCUUCACUUGUGGCCAUCGGGGAUUUUGUCGGAAGGCCUUCCGCCGUCGGAAGUCGUUCUCAUCGGGAACUGGUUCAGAUGUGCUCUCCUUGCCGAAUCAUGGUUUUUCUCCUCCAUGCUGCACCAGAUUUCCGCGGCGUAUGGGCGAAUGUGGGAGCAGGGAUUAAUCAACUAGAAAGUGCCGUGGAUUACUCUCUUCACUGCCUGCGAAUAUGAACUACUUGCAUCCGAUCUCGAGCAUCUAUCAGCCCAUCAAUGUGUUUGAGGUGUCGAGAAGUUCGUCUGGUCCUGUGGGGGAUGAAUUAUCAGUCGCUCGAGCCAUGCCUCAGAUUAUACGAACUGUGAUAGUUCCCUCGGGGGAAAUUUCAUACGUCAAUAUUUUGGGAGAUUCACUACCUUUUGUCGAUCACGUUGUUCGGCCCGAUCCUGCUUCUGUCUCUGGCGUGGGCAAUGUCCACAUCAACUGGCUAGAAACGAUCGACGCUCAUGUAAUCAAGGCGGACGUUCCUGGAUUGAGAAAACAGGAUCUGCAGGUGGUGAUCGAGGGAGGCCCUGUGUUGCAGAUCAGUGGAGAGCGGUUCGAACAAGAAGCUUGGCCCCUGGAUAGCAUCAACAGGCGCCAAGUAGAGCGCUGGGUCGGCGGAUUUGUGAGGCGCUUCCGGCUUCCAGAGAAUGUUAUUAUUGACAGGAUCAGCGCUGAGCUAGAUCUCGGGGUCUUGACCAUCACAGCUCCCAAACAACGAAGAUUUCCAGCUGUCCAAUGGUUUGUGCCCAUCAGUCUGGGCGGGACAGAAGACACGAGCCCGGGAAGGUCAUCGAGAUCUUGGCCGGGCGAUGGGAGCCUCGCGGAUGCAUUCCCGAGAAGGAGAUUGUCGAAUAGUAGCGAUGGUAGUAAUGACAGCCUACGACUCUCACAUGGCGACGACGCGAGAGAGCAAAGCAGAGCAAGUCCUCCCCGAGCGUCUCUUGCUGAAGUCGACGAUGAUGCUGAUCAUCGCAGGCCGAGUAAGCAGAGAGCUUCUCAGAGGAGAAGUAGUGGAGCUAGCGGUGGACGACAGAGUAAUGCCAGUGGGGGGAAUGUCCAGAACCAGGAAGCUAGGCCUGAUGAGGUUCCCACGCAGGCUAGCGAUGUCGAAUCCGAAGCUGCAGAGGAACCGGAGGUGGAUGAGAAUGCUGAAGCGGCUGUUAGGAUGGUCCUGGACCAGAUGUUGCAGUCGUUGGCUAUGGACCAAGGUGGCACAAAUAGAGAAAACGGUGGUCCGAAUCAAAGUCGAAGAAGUUCUAAAGCCAGUCAAUCUAGUCGCCAGAGCAGUGCGGGAAGCUCUAAUGCCUCGAGAGAUUCCAGUGUUGCAGGCAAAUCUGGUUCUCGAAGACCUUCCAGGCGAGCCUCUCAGGCAAAUAAUGCAAGCACUGGUGACACUUUUGAUCCACCAGAAACCUCGGCUUCAACUGAAAACCUCAUGAAAUCACUCGAGAGUACUCUGCAGAGAAGAAUCUCUCAGACUGUCGACCUCGCUCUAGCGAGGAGGGUUUCCCAAAAUUCUUCUGCUAUUCAUUCGGAAUCUAAUGCAGGCCAAGAUAGUGGAGCUGGAAAUACCGGUUCAAGAAGAGGCUCUAGACGAGAGUCCCAGAAUAAUGAGAAUGCUUUGCGGAGGAGAAGAUCUGAUGCCUCCUCUGAAAACAGUACAGACCAGGAUGGUUCAGUAAGUACUGGUUCAAGAAGACCUUCCGAAAGACUGGAGGCCUUACAAUCUAACGACAAUAGUCUGCAAAGAAGGAGCUCGCAGAAAUCUCCACAGGCUAACGUAGGCCAGGAUACAGAGUCGAAUACUACCGGCUCGAGAAGAGCUUCGAGGCGACCAUCCCAAAAUACUGACAAUGCGCAACAAAGAAGGAUUGCACCAAACCGCCCUGCGAGUGAGCCACAGAUUGUUGAACGUGAGGGUAUUGUGGCAGUGAGUGCCGCCGCGGCAGCUGGUUCUAGGCGAGCAUCCUCCUCUGCAAAUGAGCAGCAAGGGAGGAGCUCACAGAACAUCAACGAGAAUGAAACGGAACCCUACGUUAGACAGGACAGUGAGCCACCGAGGCCCAAUCCAAGAAGAGUUUCCACAGGAGCACCCACUGUCGAGAAUGCAUCUGAGAGAGAUGCCACAACACAAGCAGUACCCUCGGUUCCAGACCAAGAUUCUCCUGACAACGCCCUGCAGAGAAGGAGCUCUCAGACUGAGGCAAAUGAUGUGCAAAGGACGACAGCUGCACUUGAAAACAUUCUUCUCAAUGCGAGCGAGAAAGCUUCUGCUGAUCCGAACGCUUAGACCUCUAGGAAAAAUUCUCAAAGCUCUAGGCCUAAUUCCGUCGAUCACCAGGAGCCCCAACAACUAUAAAGAGGAAACCCGCCGCUAGUCGUCACAGAAUCCUUCCGGCUCCGCCGCACAGAACAAGUUCCCUUCGUCUCCUUUCUUCAAGACCAGAGGCAAGUUCAUCGCUCAAGAGCUUUUAGAGGUCCCCAGUUUAUAAGUGGACCUCGCGAUGGACAGCAUGUUAUCUCGGCAUUCGGAGCACAUGCCUUGGUCUUCACAAGUAAUUGAAUAACGCUGGAGAGCAUCUGGCGCCCGGUUGGAAGUGUCAUGUGUGUCUGUACAGUUAAAAGGAAGAGCCUUUGACAGCCCUAUUGCCCACAAGGAGCUCAGAUCGCAGAAGAUUACAGCAACCUCUCCUCAGUCUGAGCACAUCCGGGUUUCAUGAUCGUGCACUCAGAACAUUCAAGCCUUUCACCGCAUUCACUCGACAUUGAGAGUUAGUUUUGUAGAUGGAAAGCACUCAGAUUGCAUACCCUGAACUUCUCGUUUUCCUUGUGCCCCUUAUGUGAGAGCCGCAGUGCUGCAGAAACUGAAGACAUGUAACUGAAGACAUGUUAGCUUCCUGUAAUGAUAGUUUCGACCCACAUGCGACUCUGUGACUCGCGCCUUGAACCCAGGAUUGUACGUACAGUACUAGACCCACGAACUGUGUGCAUACUCGAAAGACAUCAACCGACCCACGUGCUAUUGAGGUACAUCUAGAUACCAUAGUAGUCCCUGAUUCUGUCGGAUACGUUGUCUCCUCGUGACCUCCUCCAUCGGUCCGUGUUCCGCCGAGUCCAGUUCGCGGAGCGAAUCAAUCAAAUCGAGAGGGUCGUGCGAAUGGAGGGGAGAGGACGGUCGAUAAAGAAGAAAUGUUGAGAUGUGCAAGAUGCGUGCGGGAAGGAUGAGUCUCAAAGAGAGCGCAGGACCCGGACGAAGGAUUGAAAAUGAAAACGGAUGCCCAGCGAGGCUCUGAGACUGCAGCUGCUGCGACGUUACGAAGAAGGAGGAGGAUGUUGUCCAACCUCAUGAAGACUCGAGGGCCCUUCGGCUAAGAGGGACUAACCCUGCGAGGAAUCAGCUCAGUGCGCAUUGUUUCUUCAAUCUGCAUGAUCAUCUCCAAUGGAGCACGAGUUGUCCAUCACAAAAAUUUCUUCCAAGCAUAUUCCCUCCAGUGUGCAGUGGACAAGGCUACCGCAAAAGACAGAGUCGAUACGGAAACAUUGAUGCACACCAUGUUUGCAAUAUCAAGUAUCGGUCGAUUUAUGAGUCCAUAGUUCUCUUGAGCUUGUCUUGUGGGAGUUAAGACAACCAUGUUUCUGAUGGGGAAGCUAUGACACAGCGAGAGUACGCUGUCUCCAGCGAAUUCAGGUACUGCUUCAGGAAACGAGUUCUUACCGCGAAUAUAAUCGGGAUACUGCUUGUAAAACUGAAUCUUCUGAACCAUCUUUGCUUGUUCGGCACCACGUGACGAGAGGAAAGAUCUGGUGCCGUCAUACUAGUGUCCAAAAAUUUGUGCUGGAAUCUACGUGAUUCGGAAGUUUGCCCUCUCUGCCGAAACGAAUGCUUGAAACGGGAAUCAAUAUACUAUUGAAAUAGGAUGUGGAGUGGAUCGUAUAGAUUCCUCUAUCUCUAAUGCAUCAACGAGCGAAAGUUCCCAGUCACUCCAGACUAUAUUUUCGGAGCAGUAGUGAGCUCAUGCUGAAGAUGUUCGAUGCGGGCAUCUCUACAACAGCAGGAUAGAUAUAUACAUUCACGGCAUCUGUCCAUCUGUAAUAUAUCCCGUCUUGUGAAGAUGCGGCCUUUUCAGCCUCAUUCAAGGUAAUUGAUAGAUCGAGAUACCCAGUGCACAGUAAGCCCGGAAGGGCCAUGGAACACAAAACAAGCGCGCCCAUAGUGGAGGUAUCAGCAGCAGAGCGGAAUCGAAAACUGAGUGGACUGUAAAACCACUUGGGAACAGAUGAUCGACGAAUUGCUCUUAUACAACCAAUCGCCUCCCCCCCC